UUUUGAAUGUAUUUUCUUAUGAAAUUUCUUGUGACACAUACUUCUCCUCGUGCUUAUAUUUCAUGUAGAAAUUUUUGUAUUUGUGUUUUACAAAUUUUUAUACGUUUAAGGUCGGAUGGAUUCCACGUUGCUUGAUAAUCUUAAGAAGGCAGGGGUAAAGGACAGUGUAAUUUCUAUUCUUGAAGAUGAAGAGUUUGAUUCAGCUGGUAUUUUAAACAAUACAUCUGAUGAGCUGUUGAAGGCAUGUGGCAUAAAAGGAGGGCAAGUUAUACGAAUCAAAAAUGCAUUGGCAACGAUUAACAACUUGGACAAGUUUCUACCAUUAAGAAAUGUUCCAUCCACCAUUGAACCAUCCACCCAGAAGAUCGCUUUAUCCACUAGUCAUUCCUUUGCCAUAAAUGACAAUGUCAGCAAUUAUUCAGCGUCAAUUGAAGAAGCUCAUUUGUCAACAGGCACACCGUCACCUACAACAUCCAGUAAACCUCGACAUACCUUAGCAUCUGAAAAGAGUGAUCAACCUUCACCAAGCUUUGUACUUGUGGAAGAAAGGAAACCGAACAAGAACUGGAUAAAAGAUUUUAAACUUCCUUUUCUGCAUGUUAAAUAAUAUACCUCAUAAUAGGUCACAUUCUGAUGU